AUGGCACAACCCUACCUAGCAGCUCAAGAGAUGCUAGCUUCCCCAACAACCGCGAACAUGCCAAGUGCACUUGGCCCGGCUGUACAUGGACACUCGACACGGUGGGUUCCAGCAGCGCAGGCCAUUUUCACAACAGAGUCAAAACCGCCAUGGACGAUUAUUGCGGCCAACGACCUUGCUUGCUUGGUUUUCGGAGUCACAAAGGCAGAAGUGCGGCGGAUGGGUAUUUUGGAGGUCGUGCAAGAGGAGCGGAGAGAUUGGCUGGAGAAGAAAUUGCUGCAAAUGGACCCUGAAGACACUAUCAAAGAGGCGGAAGAUAUUCCGAAAACAACGACGCCUGCACCAACGGCUUCUGCUGCUUCGACAACGUCAACCUCACUUCUGGGCGGACGAGGUGGGAUUACGGCACAGCUCUUGAGCAAGCCAAACUCCAGAUCACAGCCUCCGAAAGUGGUCACUCGCAAGGCACAAACCGUUCAUAGUGGAGAUCCCAGUCCGCCCAAACUCAGGGGAAGCUCACGGCACCAAAGCAGUCGGUCGAGAGGCGUCCUUUUGUGCGGUGACGUGGUUCCAAUCCAGAAACGAAACGGUGCGACGGGCUCCGCAAGUUUGUGGGUAAAGGAGAAGCGGGUUGGUCUCAUUUGGGUCCUUGAGGAAAUCCACGAAGACGUAGCUCAGAUUGAGCUCGACGACGACGGCAUUGUCCAGAAAAUUUCAGGAGCCACAGCACCAAUUUGGGGCUUUGAGUCACUGAGACCUGGCGUGGAUAUCGGCAAGCUGAUCCCACGCAUUCCUCGGCAAGGCAUCGACCCUCGCACUGGCGAAGUAGACUUUGCGCAGAUUGCGAGGCUCAACAUUCCCUGCAGCGUCGAGCAGGUACGGGGCAAGACAGAGCUACGCGUCUCGAGCUUCCCGCACAUUGCAGGGAUCAUCGUCGUGGACCCAGAGGCUCUGAAGAUUCAAAGCUCCAACUCAGUCUUCUGCGGCGCUCUGUUUGGCUACGAAAAGCCUGACGGCAUGGCCAUUGACUCUUUGGUGCCCGACUUUGAAAAGAUUCUCCAUAUUCUGACGGAAGAGGAUGGCGUUCAACUGCAGGAUGGGAUUGUGGUGCCAGAGCACAGCUUCCGCCGGGCGUCGGCGAUUCUGGGUCUUCGGGAAAAUCGCCCCGAUGCGGCUGCGAGUUUCUUGCGGCCAGACGGGGUACCCGGAAAGCACAGGGAUGGGUCAGAGCUCAAGGUUGACGUGCAGAUGCGGGUGGUCAGAAGCGCAAAACAAUCCACCGUAAUCCAAGAGACUGUCAUCGAGGACGAGGACGAAGACAAGGACGGGGACAAUCAGGACGACUCUUUCUCUGUUACCCACUCAGAAAUGGUCUUCGCCCUCUGGAUAACUUACUCCAGGCACAUGCACGCCGCCCGGUCAACGCUCGGUGUGACGUCGGCGUCCGCCUCUGGAACGACAACUCCCUUGCAUCAGCCAUCUCCUGGACAGACACCGGCGCACACGCCACUGGAGAUUAGUUCGGAUUCCGACGAGCCAAAGCCUCGAGAGUCUUCGUCGUCGACGGCAUCUGCCAUCACUAAACAACUCAAGGAAGUCGCGAUGACGGCCGCCGCAAAGUUGACCGGCUCACAGCGUCCCACGGAAAAAAAGCAAGAAAAACCAUCUGUGCCAAAGGUUAUUGAGCCAGCGCAGCAGAAAAAGUCCAUCGAUGAUUUCCAGAUCCUCGAAGACAUGGGCCAGGGUGCUUACGGUCAGGUCAAAUUGGCCAAGGACAAGAAGACGCAGAAGAAGGUGGUUCUCAAGUACGUGACCAAGCGACGUAUCCUUGUAGACACAUGGACGAGAGAUCGCAAGCUCGGCACAGUGCCUCUGGAGAUUCACGUUCUUGACUAUCUACGCCGGCCCGAUCUGCAACAUCCUAAUAUUGUCGAAAUGGAAUCCUUCUUCGAGGAUGAGGUCAAUUACUACAUCGAGAUGGUGCCCCAUGGAUUGCCGGGCAUGGAUCUAUUCGAUUAUAUUGAGCUCCGCAGCAAUAUGGAGGAGGCUGAGUGCCGCAGUAUCUUCGUUCAGGUUGCCAAGGCCAUUGGCCAUCUGCAUACCAAAGCAUUGGUGGUCCAUAGAGACAUCAAGGACGAGAAUGUAGUCUUGGACGGCGAGGGUAACAUCAAGUUGAUCGACUUUGGAAGUGCAGCGUAUAUCAAGAACGGCCCCUUUGACGUCUUUGUGGGCACUAUUGAUUACGCUGCUCCCGAGGUACUCGCUGGCAAGCCAUACGGUGGCAAGGAGCAAGAUGUUUGGGCGCUCGGAAUUUUGCUCUACACGAUCAUCUAUAAGGAGAACCCGUUCUACAGCAUUGACGAGAUCAUGGACCGAGACCUUCGAGUCCCGUGGACGAUGAGCGACGAGAGCAUUGACCUGGUGCGGUGCAUGCUCAACCGGGAUGUGGCUGCGAGAUAUGACAUUAACCAGGUUCUCGCGCACCCUUGGUGCCAGGAGGUUGACGAGGAGUGA